AUGAGUGUGAUCAACCCAGAUGAUAUAAUCCAUCCCUGUUAUUUUUUGCCUCAUCAUGGAGUUCUUCGACCAGAGAGCUCCACCACGAAACUUCGAGUAGUGUUCGACGCCUCUGCACCAACUUCCACAAGCAUAUCUUUAAAUGAUGUGUUAGCUACUGGUCCAACUAUCCAGGAUGAUUUAUUCGCUAUACUGACACGUUUUCGUUUAUCUAAAUUCGUUUUCACGGCCGAUAUCGAGAAGAUGUAUCGUCAAAUUAUGGUGGACCAAGAUGACCGUCGAUUCCAACUAAUUUUAUGGAGAAACAACGACAAUGAGCCUCUUCGAACUUAUCAACUUAAUACCGUAACUUAUGGGACAUCGUCAGCACCGUAUCUUGCCACAAAAUGCUUGCAACGGUUGGCUGAAAUUGAAGAAAGUAGGCACCCGACAGCUGCAGCUAUCGUCAAAAGAGAUUUUUACGUAGAUGACGUCAUGACAGGGUUCAACAGUAUGUCUGAAGCAUUACAUGCACGAAACGAACUUAUUAAACUAUUGCACAAGGGUGGCUUUAAGCUUCGCAAAUGGUGCGGCAAUCAUCCAAAAUUAAUGGAAGGGUUGCACCCAUCCGACAUAGCUGUACAACUAGACUUCAACACGAUGGAAUGCGGUCACAUUAAGACAUUGGGCCAAGUGUGGAUCCCAACAACAGAUGAGUUUAAGAUACAGAUCAACAAAAACGAACACGUCAAAUAUACUAAAAGAAGUAUAUCAUCCGACAUUUCUCGAAUUUUCGAUCCGCUUGGGCUCGUUAGUCCAGUCACAGUAGAAGCUAAAUUAUUCUUGCAACACUUGUGGACGCUGAAACUUGAUUGGGACGAAGAAUUGUCAAACGAGCUAACCUGUCAAUGGGUGCGUUACAUGGAAAGCUUAAACUGUCUCAAUAACAUAAAACAGCCACGUCAUCUUUUCGGAAACGAGAUUCCAAAAUCAACGCAAAUACAUGCUUUCGCCGAUGCUUCAGAACGAGCUUACGGCGGAGUAAUUUAUCUACGUUCCAUUACGCAGCACGGACAAGUGAUUGUCCGCCUCCUUUGUGCUAAAUCGAGAUUAGCCCCAAUCAAGAAAUUAACAACCCCAAAGUUAGAACUAUGCGCCGCUCUACUAACAGCACAAUUAUUAGCUAAGGUAAAAAAUUGCAUGCAGUUGACAGAUACCACAACACAUUUAUGGACAGACUCGGAAAUUGUGUUGGCAUGGAUCAAUUCAUCGGCAGCCUCCUACUACGCAUUCGUGGCAAAUAGGGUGACAAAAAUUCUCGAAAUUUCCAGCAAGGGCCAAUGGCGACAUGUUAGAUCCAAAGAUAAUCCUGCCGACAUACUAUCGCGCGGCAUUGAAGCAUCCAAACUAAGCAGCUGCCACUUAUGGUUUUACGGUCCUAUGUUCCUGCAUGGUCAUCAGUCACUAUGGCCUGCUCCAUUCAAAGCCAGAUCAGAAUGUAAAGUGGAACUUAAGAGAUCAAUACAUGCAGUAACAAUCGAUCCCAACAAACCACAUUUCUUACACAAUAUCGAUCAUAAGAAUUCCUUUUCCAAAUUGGAAAGAAUAACUGCUUAUGUUAUUCGUUGCACACAAAUUCUCCGGAAGGCAUCAUUGGAACAAAACGAAUGUCACUUAUCCAGUGUAGAAUUGACACGUGCUCGUCAAGUGAUCAUUCGCAUGAUACAAGACGAGGGAUUAGCAGAAGAAAAAAAUUCACUUCGUAAGGGCUUAGAAGUCAGAAAAACUAGUACAAUUAAGGCUUUGUCUCCAUUCAUUGAUCAACAAGGUCUUCUAAGAGUUGGCGGGCGGCUUCAAUCUUCCUCACUUUCAUUUGAGGCGAAGCACCCAGUCUUGCUACCAGAUUGCCCAUUAACAAGGCUGUUAAUACAAGAGACUCAUGUCCGCAACAAACAUAUUGGACCACAAGGAUUAAUGGCAAUCAUGCGACAGCAAUACUGGCCACUCAAAGGAAAGAUGACAGCAAGAACUAUUAUUCACAAAUGCGUUAUCUGCACCAAGGCGAAACCGACACUACUAAAUCAAAUCAUGGGAAACUUGCCAACUGAUCGCGUUGAACCAGCACGAGCAUUUGUAAACUCAGGAGCUGACUUUUGGGGUCCAAUAUGGACUCAUUAUCGUAUCAGGGGAAAACGUCCAACAAAAAGCUACGUGGCCGUAUUUUGUUGCUUUGCAACAAAGGCCAUACAUAUGGAGGUAGUCACAGAUCUUACAACUGACGCAUUCAUCAUGGCAUUAAAACGUUUCAUAGGAAGAAGAGGGAUGUGCCGGAAAAUAUACUGUGACAAUGCCACUAAUUUCGUUGGAGCUAAUAAGGAACUUGCUGAACUAAAAAAUGCCGUGUUCGAUGAAAGAAGCCAAGAAAAAAUACAGGGUGUUUGCUGUUCGUACAAUAUCGAUUUUAAGUUCAUCCCACCACGAGCCCCACACUUCGGUGGAUUGUGGGAAGCUGCCGUCAAGUCAGCAAAAAAUCUAUUUAAACGAAGUGCAUCGAACGUCAGUCUUACAUACGAGGAGUUAGAAACACUCAUAAUAGAAAUCGAAGCGAUUUUGAAUUCGAGACCACUAACUCCGACGUCAUCAGAUGCUAACGACCUAACCGCCAUAACUGCUGGACAUAUCUUAAUCGCGCAUCGUUUAGAUCGCGGCGGUUAUUAUUGUAUUGCUGAUAAUGGUGUCGGUGAACCCGAUAAGCGUUUGAUACGCGUUGAAGUUGAAUUUCGACCACAGAUUGCUGUUCAACGCCCCAAAGUCGCACAAGUGCUGUCACAUGUCGCUGAAUUGGAGUGCAAUGUGCAGGGUUAUCCAGCACCUGCUGUAGUCUGGUUUAGAAAUGGCAUCAAGUUGCAGACGGACUCACGUCAUCAAAUUGCUAACACUGCUUCUUCGCAUGAGACCACAACGUCGGUUUUGCGUAUUGCCAGCGUUUCGGAUGAUGAUUUCGGUGAUUACUUCUGUAAUGCAACUAAUAAGCUGGGUCAUGCCGAUGCUCGCCUACAUCUUUUCCAGCCCGUCAUACCAGUUCCAUCGUCACAUUGA